AUGUCGAACACAAACUACCCCAACCUCAACCCCCAGCUGCAGAACGCAAAGGACACUGCCAUCAACGCUAAGGACGCUGUCGUCAACAGUAAGAUUUNNUUGAACAAACCAGAACUCCAUCUCACCAUGUUCCCAGAUGCCAACGCUGCUUACCAGAACCUGGCCAACGGCCCCGCAGCCGAGAAGGCCAGAAUCGAGAGCCAGAAGACCUCGCAAGAGUACUCCAACCUGAUGGACUCCAAGAGAGUUCCUGAUCAGCCCGCUGCCACUGGCCAGCCCCUGACUCACUACCACUCAUUCUUCUACAACCUCCUGAGCUGGGAGAACNCCCGUGUCACCACCAUCUCCUUCGCCUCAAUCCUCACCUUCAUCUUCUUCACCCGCUAUGUCCCCAUCCUCAAGUACCUCUUCAAGGCUCUCUACAUCGUCCUCGGUAUUACUGCUGCCGCUGAAGUUGUCGGCAAGCUUGUCAUGGACCGCGGCUUUGCCUCGCGUAUGCGCCCUCGCAAGUACUACACCAUUCCUCGCGAGACCCUCGAGGCCUCUCUGGACGAUGUUGAGCAGCUCAUCAACUUCUUCGUCAUUGAGUUCCAGCGCAUCAUGUUUGGCGAGAACGUCUUUGUCACCGUUGGUGCCUUCUUCAUCACCUUCAUCUCUUACUUCCUCGUCAAGAUCAUGCCUACCUGGGGCCUUGCUCUUCUCUUCGCCACCUUGAUCUACACCGUUCCUCUUGUCUACAUCAACAACCGCGAGGUCAUUGAUGCCCAGAUUGACAACGCCAGCACCCUCAUCAACGAGCAGACCCAGCAGGUUCGCACCAUUGCCGCUGAGCAAACUCAGUACGCUACCGACAUGGCAAAGAGCACUGCCACUGACCUUUCGAACCGUGCCUCUGAGCUCAUCGGCCAGGCCAAGCAGCGUGCUGGUCAGGCUGACGCCCCCAACCCUGCCAACCUGAACCCCGCCAAGGACGAGCCCGAGAGAGAAAUCAAGAAGGAGGAUGUCCAGAACGCCGCCAAUGACCUCACCAACAAGGCUGCUGCCACCGCUCAGGACGCCGCCAACAAGACCUCUGCCACCGCUCAAGAUGCUGCCAACAAGACCUCCGCCACUGCUCAGAACGCCUACGACUCUGCUGCCAGCUCCGCCCAGACUGCUGCUGACAAGACUUCUGCUACUGCUCAGGAUGCUGCCAACAAGACUUCUGCUACCGCUCAGUCUGCCGCCGACAAGACCUCAAGUGCCACUAGCAACUCGUACGACUCUUUCGGCUCCCAGAGCACCGCCUCUCAGAGCAUCAACCGCUCUAACACCGAUCCCUUGACCGAGUUCGACGCUCCCAGUGUCCCUACCACCGAGCCCAGCCUCGCCGCACACACUCAACCCGUCCUUCCUGAUGAGAACGUCUACCACGAGAACUCUGCACCUGAGAACGUCAGAGCCGAGGCUCCUCUCCUGUAA